AUGAAUUAUUUUAAGUCAAUUUUCCAAAAAAAAUAAAAUAAAAACGUGAUUGAUUAAGCUUUGUCUGAAAAGUCUACUAUUUAUGAUUAAAACUCCUUAACGGUUCAUCUAGAUGAUAUUAAGGCCAUUAUUAAAUGUUAAUAAAGGAGGAGGGAACUCUAUUUUAGGCCGACAAAAUCCCUAUUAGAAUAAUUAAAGGUGCUCUACUCAUUACAUAUGAUGAUAAUAUCAGAAUAAAUUAACGAUGAGAAUGAAUUAAUAGAAUGCUUUUCAUAAGGAAAGGUAUUGUGUUUACAUAUUUGAAGAUAAUUUGUUAGCAAUAUAAUAAUUAGAGAUGUGCAUAGAGUUCUUUUCUCAACAACACAGUCGGAGGAUAAACGAAUCAUAAUUCAAAUGAAGUUUAAAUGAAUUAUUCUGAAGUAAAACAGUAUAGAUAUCAUUCAAAAGUAUCCCAUUAAAUUUUAUAAUGUUGAAAUCGAGUUUGCUCAAUAAUACUAUUCAUAUAUGCAAAGGGUGGCCAACAACUUGGAUAUUUAUUACGCAUCUUAGAAAAUGCAAUAUCCAUACUUAGAAGAGAAUUAAAGCAGAAAAAUUAGGUUUUUGUGGCUCUUUAAAUUAACAAAUAUGAUCAAUUUUAAAAUAUCAAUGAUUCCCAUGAUUUAAAAAAUAAUAUUCUAAGAAUCAGAUUUCACCGUAAGUCAUUUAGUUAUAGAUAGUAAAUAACAAAAGAAAUCACUAUUUUAAUUUAUAAAGAUUGCAUAAAUGAAUAUUUGUUUAUAAAAAAGGAGAUAGAAGAAUAAUUGGAACAGUAUUAGCAACAGAAUGUCAAAGAUAGUAUCAAAUUAAUAUAAUUAUUAGCAAUAAGCUUAUAUGAAUUAUAUAUUCAAGCUAAAUAAAUCACUAAUUCUCUUAAAUUAUUUUAUAACAUAAGAAAUCACUUUUUGAAGUAUGAAAGGAUUGAAAAAUUCAAUUGGCUGCAAGUGGAGAAGCAACAAGAAAAAGAUAUGGAAUUAUAUGUUUAAAGAAUCAAAUUAAUAAAUUCAUCUUAGUUUAAACACACAUUAAAAGUACCCUCUUAAAAGGACAUUUACGACAAUUUAUAAUAAAAAAUGACUUAACCAAAACCAAAAUCAAAAAAAGUAAUUUACUAAUUUAAAAAGGGACAACGUAUUCCUGAACAUCUAUCUCCCAAAACAGAAAAUAAGAAAUAAUAAUCAAAGCAAAAUAGUCAUAGAAUCAUAUUACAAUCCUGA